AUGUAUACAAGUCAUGAAGACAUUGGGUAUGAUUUUGAAGAUGACCCCAAAGAUAAGAAAACACUUAAACCCCACCCGGACAUUGAUGGUGGCUGGGCCUGGGUGAUGGUGUUGUCUUCUUUCUUUGUGCACAUCCUUAUCAUGGGCUCCCAGAUGGCCCUGGGCGUCCUCAACGUGGAGUGGCUUGAAGAAUUCCAUCAGAGCCGCGGCCUGACGGCGUGGGUUAGCUCCCUCAGCAUGGGCGUCACCUUGAUUGUGGGACCUUUCAUCGGCUUGUUCAUUAACACCUGUGGGUGCCGCCGGACGGCCAUCAUCGGAGGGCUGCUGAACUCGCUGGGCUGGGUGUUGAGUGCCUACGCCGCCAACGUGUAUUAUCUCUUUAUUACCUUUGGACUGGCAGCCGGCUUCGGCAGCGGGAUGGCCUACCUGCCAGCCGUGGUCAUGGUGGGCAGGUACUUCCAGAAGAGGCGCGCGCUCGCCCAGGGUCUCAGCACCACCGGGACCGGCUUCGGCACGUUCCUCAUGACGGUCUUGCUCAAGUACCUGUGCGCGGAGUACGGCUGGCGGAACGCCAUGUUCAUCCAGGGCGCCGUGUCCCUGAACCUGUGCGUGUGCGGCGCGCUCAUGAGGCCCCUCUCGCCUGGGAUGGACUGCGAUGACCCUGAAGGGAAGGCGCCGCACCACGUCCUGCCGGCUCACUCCACCGAAUCGGUCAGGUCCAGUGGACACCUGGGGGAAGCCGAGGAGAAGCCAGGAGGCCCCAACACCGAGGACAACUCCCUCGGGGACGCGCCCGCCCAGGCGUGCCAGGAGAAAGCCGCACACACAGACAUGUGCGCCUUCCGUCUUCUGAAGACGGUGAGCCAGCUGACCAUGAGGGUUAGGAAGGGCUUCCGGGACUGGUACUCGGGCUAUUUUGGGACAGCCUCGCUCUUUACUAAUCGGAUGUUUGUCGCCUUUAUUUUCUGGGCUCUGUUUGCCUACAGCAGCUUCGUCAUCCCUUUCAUUCACCUCCCAGAAAUAGUCAACUUGUACAAGUUAUCAGAGCAAAAUGAUGUGUUCCCCCUGACUUCAAUCAUAGCCAUAGUUCACAUCUUUGGAAAAGUGGUCCUGGGCGUCGUGGCCGACCUACCCUGCAUCAGUGUGUGGAAUGUCUUCCUGAUGGCCAACUUCACCCUGGUCCUCAGUAUUUUUAUUCUGCCCUUGAUGCACACCUACGCAGGCCUGGCAGUCAUCUGUGCCCUGAUAGGCUUUUCCAGCGGUUAUUUCUCCCUGAUGCCUGUGGUGACGGAGGACUUGGUGGGGAUUGAGCACCUGGCCAAUGCCUACGGUAUCAUCAUCUGUGCUAACGGCAUCUCCGCAUUGCUGGGACCACCUUUUGCAGGGUGGAUCUUCGACAUCACCCAAAAAUAUGACUUUUCCUUCUAUAUAAGCGGUUUACUCUACAUGGUAGGAAUCCUCUUUUUACUCAUUCAACCGUGUAUUCAAAUUAUAGAACAAUCCAGAAAAAAAUACAUGGAUGGUGCAAAUGUGUAG